AUGACACGUGAAAGUGAUAAUAAGCGAGAAUUCUAUGUUAUUCAAUUCAUACAAUUAUUGCCUUUUGAAAGUAUCGCUGAUUACGUAUGCGUGCCGUAUACGUGGCUGAUAUUAAGUAGUGAGACGCAUGACAAGGUCGUUGUUGCGUACCCUAACGACGAAGAUCCUUCUGAUACAAGAGAUCGCGUGAAGAGGAAGGAGAGACGCAAUGAUAAGUGGAGAUUUUAUAUGGCUACUGUCAAAUAUAAAUCAGAUUCUUUCAAUGCAGCAGAAUUGUGGAUAGCCAAGAGAAAUAAUAACGGACCUUUGGUUGAAAAAGAAUCAAAAGUAACAAAUAAGCAACCAAAGCUUCCUUUCAAUAAGAAGCUGUGCAGUUGCCUAUCAAAACCAUUUGUCAAAAUCCAAUGA